AUGCAUGCUCAUUUUGAAAAACUCAGUGAUCGACAGAUCAAAAAAGCUAGGGCCCACGCGAAGACUAUCGGUGCUGGAUUGGUCUUAGAGAAAGGUCCCUUCCAUAGAACCCGUAUCGAUUUGAUGAGGCUGAAUCAUUUUCUUUCAUUUGCUGACCAACCAUAUUUUUACCAGGAUGUUUCUUACGGGACUCGGACUUUGAAACUAGAUUCCGGGGAGCAGUUAAUCAUGCCCAACGUUGUGAGAACCGUCGCUAGGUCAACAAUGAUAGCACAAUAUUUCAGACACUGCCACGAGGAAGGAUUCGAACCACUUGGGCGAUCGACGUUGUUUCAGAUUUUGAAAGUAAGGGAAGCAUCUCAACGGAAAUCGUUACAAGGGCUGGACAACAUCGCAGCAAGUGGGGCAGACGGCUUCGAUGCUUUCAACAAAAUUGUUGACGACCUGGAGCAAAGCGGAUCACGACCGGAAUGGUGUGAAGCAACACGAAAGGAACUGAAAGAAGGGAAGCGCUACCUUAAAACAGAAUACCGCGCGCACUGUCGAGAAAACGAGAGCCCGUGUCCAGACCAUUGUAGGCGUUAUGCUCUCAGUGAUCCCCAAAGCUCUGAUUUUCAGGCUUCUUGCAACCACGAACACUGUACACAAUGUCACCAAUGUGAAACUCUGAAGAACGCAAUGAUGUCCAUCUUGUCAGAGAUUGAGUCACCAGAAAUCAGCUUGUAUGGAAAUGAACAAAAGGAAGACCUGCUGUACGAUGCCAAACAGGCACAGGAUAUGGUGCUCCAAUGGAAGGCGCAUAUUCUUCGGGCAGAGAAUCAAGACCAAGCUAAACAAAAUGUGCUCAAGUCUCUGCAAAGUGACUCCAUACUAGUACUAAUGGAUUGGGCGAUGAAAUUCAACCAGAUGAGGUACCGAGAGAAACAAGCUGAAUGGUACGGAAAACGAGGAAUUAGCUGGCACGUUAGCUGCAUUAUCUCGAAGCCUGAAGAGGGUCACGAUCUAGAGAUAGUUUCGUACGUCCAUCUCUUGAAUAGUUGUGCCCAGGACUGGUACGCAGUGUGUGCAAUCCUGACGCACCUACUAACGACUGUCAAAGCUGUACGGCCGUACGUCAAUACGGCCUACCUUCGUUCAGAUGGUGCUGGGUGCUACCAUAAUAAUAACUUAAUAGCAGCUGUAAGCGACAUUGGCAAGCAGGUUGGAAUACGAGUGCUGAGGUAUUUCGAUUUUUUGGCAUUUCUGUACCUGAUUUUUCACAGUGACUUCUAAAUCGACAAUACUUCCUUUAGAAAAAUGAUCAUUGCUUAAGAAAGUAAGAAUUCUCAAAAACAUUGGUUACAUUUGUUAGCCGAAGAUGACCACAAUUUGAUUUGAAUCCCCGUCAUUGAGUUAGUUGUGUACUGAAAGUUCCCCAAUAAAUCCUGGGAUAUACACAGGAACUACUGGGUGAUUUCGCCCCGUUCCACCCACCCCCCCCCCUCCCCCCUUCGUGAGCUCUUUUCAAUGGCGUUUCCUGGAAUCCUUUCCUGAUUAUUGCAAAUUAUUUUAAUCUUAAUAAACUACAGAUCCGAUUAAGAUCCUAAAGUAAUAUAUAUAAAGUUAUAUAAAGUUAUAAGCAAAUGGUAGGGAGACAAUGUCAAUGUAAUUUCUGCAAAAAGGCUCCCCUUUAACACUACCUGCAAGCUCAUUUAACCGUACUGAACAAUAACCGACUAUCAUGGAGGCUUUAAAUCAGCUCAAAGCCGAUGUUUCGCCUUACUCAGAUGAUAAUGAUUGAUAUUUUGCACCCAAAAGAAUGUGAUAUAUCUAUCACAUUUUCUUUUCGUAGGUAUGACUUCUCCGAGCCACAAUUUGGCAAGGAUGUUUGUGAUAGAAUCAUUAGCCCAUUAAAAGGCGCACUUCGAAGAUACUGCGACGAGGGCCACGAUAUUUUGACCGCCUCAGACAUGUAUCAGGCACUGCAAGCCAGACAGGUAAAGGGAACCACCGCAGUGGUGUGCGAAAUAGAUCGCAGCCAAAGUAUUAAAGUUGACCGCAUUAGCAACUUCAGUGCAUUUCAUAAUUUUUCUUAUGGAGCCGAUGGUGUUCGCAUCUCAAAAGCCUAUGAAAUUGGCCCAGGAAAAUUGAUACCAUGGUCGCAGCUCAACGUUCAGGGUCAAGGUCUCAUAUACGUAAACGAAGUUAGCGAGCAAGGCUUCUUUGCUGUUACGCCCAGGCGAAUGAAACUAUCAGUGGGUGGGAUACAGGACUCAGAGAAAGAGGCAGCGUUGUUUGAAUGCAAAGAGCCUGGCUGUUCCUCCGUUUUUACAACGUUUGAUGAGCUGCAAGAUCAUAUUCACUUUGGAGGACACGUUUCGAGUCUUCGAGAGAAUCACGAAAGCGUGUACGAUCGAUUACGCCGAGACUGGGCACUCAAGUUCUCAACGAUGUCCAUUGAUUCCAGACAGAAAUUGCCGCCAUCCGAGCAACCUCCAAAAUCUCCUAGUGGUGUUUGCAAAUUCGAAGCCAGCGGAUGGACCCUGCAGAAGCCAAGGGGAGGUGGGACAAGGUUUAGCGAGAAAGUCAAGUCUUACCUCACAGCACGAUUUGAUGUUGGCACGCAAACAGGCAGGAAAUCAGAUCCUUCUCAGGUCGCAACGGACAUGAGAACGACCAGAAACGCAGAUGGUUCAAGAAAGUUUUCCAGAGACGAAUGGCUCACGAAGGGACAAGUUCAAUCGUUCUUUUCCAGACUGUCUCCAAUCAGCAGGAAAAGAGGGGUGACCAGAGCCGAGAAUGUCGAAAGUGAUGACGAAGGAGAUCUGCUCUUGCAUGAAGAAAUGGCGUGUCUUAUUGAUGAACAUAGAGACAAGGAGGUUGAAGAUAUUUUCAAGGAGAUGGGCGUAAUGCAUCCUAUCAUGUACGAUGGCUAUGAUAAUGUGAGCAGACCAAACAAGAAGGACUCUCAAAAUUCAACGUCAAAACACUGA